AUGGACGACCGGGCUCGUUUCGGUGGGUACCAGGAAGAAAUCGUUUUCCCGGAGAGACUGAAUAACAGCCUGGGGGGCGUCCGGAACCCCGGAACACUGCUUUCCUACCGUCUCCACGUGUUCGGGGAAGAACUGGUCCUCAGUUUAGAGAAGGACCCCAGUUUCUUCUCAGAGGGCUUGACCGUACAAUAUCUGGGCAGGUCCGGGCAAGUGGUCGACGGUCCCAGCGAUCAAGGGACUUACUUCACCGGCACCGUCAACUCCGACCCGGAAUCGAUCGCGGCGGUCAACUUUGACGGAGCGUCCUUGCUGGGGGUGCUCCAGUACCGCGGCGUAGAGUACCACGUGCAGCCUCUGGAAGGGGGAGUCCCAAACACGGCGGGAGGAGUCGGCGCCCACGUGGUGAGGAAGAAGGUGUCGGAGAAAGCGGAUGGCCCCAUGUGUGGUGUCGGGUCCCAGAUUGCAGAUGCCGUGCCAGCCCUGGGAGGGGAACCGUUGGCAAAGACGGAGGAGCCCCGCAGGAGAGCUAAGAGAUUUGCUUCCGUCACGCAGUACGUGGAGACGCUGGUGGUGGCCGACGAGGAGAUGGCCCGUUUCCACGGAGCUGGCCUGAAGCGCUACCUGCUCACCAUCAUGGCCGCCGCCUCCAAGUUCUUCCGCCACCCCAGCCUGAAGAACCCCGUCAAUCUGGUGGUGACCCGGCUGGUGGUGAUCGGGCAGGCCAAGGACGGGCUCGAGGUGUCCUCCAACGCCGCCGAGACCCUGCGGAACUUCUGCCGGUGGCAGAGAGGCCUCAACUCGCUCGACGACGAGGACCCCGACCACUUUGACACGGCGAUCCUCUUCACCAGGGAGGAUCUCUGUGGGCGCGACAGCUGCGGCACCCUGGGGAUGGCCGACGUUGGCACCGUAUGCGACCCGGUACGCAGCUGCUCCAUCGUUGAAGACGAUGGGCUCCAGUCUGCCUUCACCGCGGCACACGAACUCGGCCAUGUCUUCAACAUGCUCCACGAUAACGACAAGCACUGCAAAGACCUGAACAAGGAAACCGGCUCCAACCACAUGAUGGCCUCCGUCAUGACCCCCGUGGACCCCGAUGAGAUGUGGUCAGCGUGCAGCGCCCGAUUCAUCACCGACUUCUUAGACAACGGACACGGCCACUGCCUCAGAGACAAGCCGCACGAACCCCUGCGUCUUCCAGCUGCCUUCCCGGGCAGCGAGUAUGAUGCGGACCAGCAAUGCCAGCUGAGUUUUGGGCCUGACUCCCGCCACUGCCCCAAUCUCCAGCCGCCGUGUGCCUCCCUGUGGUGUACGGGCCGGAUCAAUGGGCAAUUCAUGUGCCAGACCAAAUACUUCCCCUGGGCCGACGGGACCCCUUGUGGCGAAGAGAAGAGCUGCAUGAAAGGACGCUGCAUCAGCAAAACGGAGCUGAAGGCCUACAAUAUUCCCACUAACGGUGGCUGGGGGCCCUGGGGCCCAUGGGGAGAAUGCUCCCGUACCUGUGGGGGAGGAGUGCAGUAUUCCUCUCGGGAGUGUGACAAGCCGGUUCCACGCAACGGUGGGAAGUACUGCGAGGGGAAGCGCACCCAGUUCCGCUCCUGCAAUGUCCAGGACUGCCCCGAAGGCAACGCCUUGACCUUCCGAGAACAGCAGUGUGCGGUUUACAACCACCGAGAGGACAUGUUCAAGGGCUACCCCGCACCGAUGGACUGGGUGCCCCGCUACAGUGGUGUGGCUGAACGCGACCAGUGCAAGCUGACCUGUCAGUCCUACGCCUUGGGCUACUACUAUGUCCUGGAACCAAGGGUGGCAGACGGAACGCCCUGCUCCCCCGAAUCUACCUCGGUCUGCGUUCAGGGACGCUGCGUCCACGCCGGCUGCGACCGCGUCAUCGGCUCUAAGAAGAAGUUCGACAAGUGCAUGGUGUGUGGAGGAGACAACUCGCGCUGCACCAAGACCUACGGCUCCUUCACCAAGCCCAAGUACGGUUACAAUGAUGUGGUCACCAUCCCAGCAGGAGCCACCAACAUCUUGAUCCGCCAGAACAGCGGCUCGGCCUCUUCCAACGACGGCAUCUACUUAGCCCUACGCCGGCGGGACGGCUCGUAUGCCCUCAACGGCAAGUACGUCCUCGUGCCUUCCGAGCAGGACGUCCACGUUCAGAACGGGGUAACCCUGCGUUACAGCGGGGCCACCAAGGCCACGGAGGUUAUCACAGGGCGCGGGCCGCUGAAGGAGCCUCUCACCUUGCAAGCCUUGGUGGUGACGGACCAGAGGGCCCCUCGCCUCAAGUACACCUUCUUCGUCCCCAAACGCCCCAAGAGUCCGUCGAACCAGUGGCUGAAGCAGAGGGCCCGCAUCUUAGAGGUCUUAAGGAACCGCCGAGGCCGCAAAUAG